UGGCCCAGGUUAGUGCAGUGAUGGGCGUAGCAUCCUGAUUACUGUGCGAGUCAGCAUCCCGUGGAUGUCUAAGCUGAUUCAGAACGGUCCUUUUUGAUGCAUCAGCGCAUCUUCCUACCUAUUAUUAAUAGUGAGAGACUGCGACCGCCAGAGCUACAUACAUGAGUUCCUUCCAUCAGAAGAGACAACAACAGUUUUUCAGAAACAACAGCAUCUUCAAAACGACCACAGAACGCAACUGAAUAACAACCUUGAGUGACCCCACAGCGACCUUUACUCCCAGCCAUGAACCUGGAGCUCCCCAAAUCCGAUGUCAAGUCGGCCACAAGAGUGACCGGCGGCCCCGCCACCCCCCGCAAGGGACCCCCCAAAUUCAAACAGAGGCAGACCCGCCAGUUCAAAAGCAAGCCACCGAAGAAAGGAAUACAGGGGUUUGGUGAUGACAUCCCUGGGAUGGAAGGGUUAGGCACAGACAUCACUGUCAUCUGCCCCUGGGAGGCCUUCAAUCACCUGGAGCUGCACGAACUGGCCCAGUACGGUAUCAUCUGAGACCUCCGGCUGUCCCACAAUCCACUGGGAAUUGCAAACACUCCAUCAUGGUUCUCUUUGGGACCGGAUGGGGAAAAGAAAUGCAAAAGGAAUAAGAACAACAACAACAAAAA